UGGCAGCAAAACAUAAGUGUUACAGGCGAGGAGGAUGACAGCAACAAGGAUUACAUAGUUUGAUUUAGCCUGUUCACAAAGGGGAGAGUGUGUUACUUUGGCCCUACACAAACAGCCUGUAGUGCUAAAGUCCAGCAUUGAGUAUGAUUCCCUGGUUGCAGUGGAGGUGAGGAAGCAUGGGGUGGAACUCUGAGGUGUCAAGACAAACGUGAUGACAGCAUGGUCCAUGGUGGAGAAGCUCAAAAUGGAAAAACGCCCAUGCAGGGAGGAGAACAUUGACUCAAGCGAGGCCCAGCAUGCCACUGACGAGUCUGAGGAUGGAAGCAGCUCCGAGAGCGAGUCGGAAGAGCAGCAGCGCCAGAAGGUUCAGGUGAACAACAGUGGCUGUAAGAAGCGGGAGCCUUUGGCUGUCACAAAACCCCAUCGACAGCUCUGUCGCUCUCCAUGUCUUGACCGGCCCAGUUUUUCCCAGAGUAGCACUGUGCAAGACUUUCGCGAGGAUGAGACCAGCGCGGUACCAGGGGUCAAGCCAGCCAGUGACAGGGAAUACCAGACUAAGAUGGAAUUUGCUUUGAAGUUGGGCUAUUCAGGAGAGCAGGUGGAGACCGUGCUCAACAAGUUGGGGGCCGCUGCUUUAAUUAACGAUGUCCUGGCUGAGUUAGUGAGGCUUGGAAACAAAGUUGAGCCUGAAAUUCAACCUUGCAGCAGUACGGCCACAUUAAUAUCACGGUCCCCCUGUGUUAAAGAGACCGUUAGUCCAGAAGUGUCAGUGGAAGAUGAAUCUGUGGAUACCUAUGAUAACCUCAGGCCUAUCGUUAUUGAUGGCUCAAAUGUGGCAAUGAGCCAUGGAAACAAAGAGGUAUUCUCUUGUCGUGGUAUCCAACUUGCUGUUGAGUGGUUUCGGGAGAAAGGACAUAAAGACAUCACUGUGUUUGUCCCAGCCUGGAGGAAGGAACAGUCAAGGCCUGAUGCCCUUAUCACAGAUCAAGAAAUAUUACGCAGGCUGGAAAAAGAGAAGAUCCUGGUUUUCACCCCAUCUCGAAGAGUUCAAGGCAGGAGGGUGGUGUGCUAUGAUGAUCGCUUCAUAGUGAAGCUGGCUUAUGAUUCUGAUGGAAUUAUUGUGUCAAACGACAACUACAGGGACUUGCAAAAUGAGAAGCCAGAGUGGAAGAAGUUCAUAGAGGAGCGUCUCCUAAUGUACUCAUUUGUCAAUGACAAGUUUAUGCCACCUGAUGAUCCACUGGGAAGACAUGGUCCAAGCCUGGAAAAUUUCCUCCGCAAGCGUCCUGUUGUUCCAGAGCACAAAAAACAACCCUGCCCCUAUGGGAAAAAGUGCACAUAUGGACAUAAGUGCAAGUACUAUCAUCCAGAGCGUGUCAACCAGCCACAGCGGUCAGUGGCUGAUGAACUACGAGCCUUUGCCAAAUUGUCUGCAGUGAAGACAAUGAGUGAGGGGGCUUUAGCUAAAUGCAGUACUGGUCCAGCAGCUGCAAAGGGGGACAGCAACUCUGAGGCCAAACGUGUGGCACCUAAACGUCAGUCUGACCCCAGUAUUCGUUCAGUGGCCUGUGAACCUCCAGAGGCACUGUCCAUCAUUAGGAAGUCUGAGACAAAUUCAGUGCCUUCCCUCGUGUCUGCUCUCAGUGUGCCCACCAUGCAGCCUGCCAAGAGCCACGCAGCUGGGGCCUUGAACACACGAUCAGCCAGCAGCCCGGUGCCAGGUUCUUUGCAGUUCGCACACAGCUCUCUGGAGCACAUGUCUAGCGUACAGUACCCUCCUAUUUUAGUUACUAAUAGUCAUGGCGCCUCUGUUACAUACAGUGAACAGUUCCCAAAGUAUGACUCAGUUAGUGACCAUGGAUAUUAUUCACUGCACAGUGAUUUUUCAAACAUGAGCAUGAGCAGCAUGCAUAAUGUCGAUAGUUUCUGUAGCAUGGAGCACGAGCAUGGUGUGUAUCAGAGAAACCCCAGCCACUGCCCUGAGUCCUGCCUCAGCCAUUCGAACAGCGACUCGUUCUCUUCUUACGGGGACCUGUACCCAAGCUCUGUGGACAGUAGCUUAGAGGAGAGCAUGAAGGGGCAGCAGCAGUCUCCUGCACAGGGCAGAAUGCAUACUUUCUCCCAUGGGUUUCGCCAUGAAGCACUGACUAGGGUACAGAGCUACGGACCAGAGGAGCCCAAGCAGGGCCCCCGAAAGCAGUCUGGAUCUCAUCUAGCACCACAUAUCCAGCAUGCUGCAGUGGGAGCGAGGUCCAGCUGCCCUGGAGACUAUCCCCUAACUCAGAAUGUCCUACCACCUUUGUCCUCACAGCCCACACGGUCUCUCGGUAUGACUCGAAUGGACAGCAUAUCAGAUUCAAGGCUAUAUGAUAGUAACCCAAUGAGACAGAGGCGACCUCCACUGUGCCGUGAGCAGCAUGCAAGCUGGGACCCUCUGCCUUGUGGUAAUGAGUCCUAUGGAUAUCAUUCAUAUCCAUUGAGUAACAGCCUGAUGCCGUGUUGCGAGCGGGUGAUGGUCCGCAGCAUGCCAGACAAAAUGGAACAAAUCUGGAACUCACCAUGGGAGACCCCAUCCACAGCCGAACACCAAGAGCGGUAUAUCAUCCCAGACCACCAGUAUCAAACAUAUCGGAACCUUUGUAACAUCUUUCCCGCUUACAUAGUUCACUCAGUAAUGGAGAAGAACCCUCAUUUGACAGAUCCGCAACAACUUGCCGCGGUUAUUGUUACAAAACUGAGGUCAUGUCACUGAGCAGUUUAACUUAUGAAACACUCAAAAGUGAUGUGACAAGGAAAAUAAGGAUUUUGAUUGCAAAGAUAGGCACGUGUUCAAUGUUGCUUCAUGUGCAACAUCUGCCCUCAGGAGUUAAUAAUUUUUUUUAAAUGUCCCUGAUGGGAAAUCUGGAGAUCACUGAGACAACACAUAUUCAGCAUAGAGGAAGUUUGUCUAAUACAUUUAAGUUGAAUUGCAAGAUGUUUCACAUAUGAAACCUACGUUUUUAUAUGAAGUGUGGUGAAGUUGAUAUAAGGUAAUACCUUAUUAGAAGUCCGGUUCCUAACACAUUCAUACAACCUGAGCAGGAGCUUGCACAUCAGCUUUGCACAGUAUCCAUGAUCAACUCCGCCUUUAUUCAUUGUCAUUGUUACUUCUAGAAGACACAUAGAAUAGUGUGCUGACAUUUGGCAGGGCUAUUAAAUCAAUGAUAACAUGUCAUAUAAAAUUAUAUAUGAAGCCCCAAAUUGUUCAGUAUUCAAUAAAUAAAUAAUUAUAAAAUAAAUAACCUCAUGAAUAAAUAGUGUAAAACAUGCUAUUGUAGCUAGUUAGUCUAAGUCUCUGUGCUUUUUCAUUUCGUGAGUCAGUGUGAACUAAGUGGAUAAGUAAACAGCACAGUCAAGAUAGGAAGUAAUAACUCACCAACAUCUCCCACAUUUGCCUUAUUAAAUCUGACAUAAAAGUACAUCAACAUUUGUACACCACAUACUUUUUUUGAAGAUCUUGUUCAGGCCCUGUGAAUGUGUUAUGAAAGGAAUCUAAAGUGUUUCUGGUGCAGUGGAACUAUAAAUAACCUAGCUUAGGUCUGCCUCUGCUGUAAAUAAUUCUUGUGUCUUUUUUGUGCAUUUAUUUUGAAGAUAAGUAAGAGGGAGGUAGGUACAUACCUCACAGCAUGAACUAUGACAUUUAAUGGCCUUAUAUCUGAAUGACCUCACGCUUUAGUCAUUGUCUGAUGGGUUUCUAUGAGAGUCUUAGUCAUUGAAGCCUCCAAUACUUUCAAAUGUAAAGCACUAUCUCAGUAUCUAAAGAGAUAUAUUUUCUCAGCCUCACUUAACAAAGCUACUAUUUUGGUAGAUUUUGACAGUGCACAAAGCAAGCCAAAAAAGAGAUUUGACUUGUAUACACGUGCACAUAUUUAUGUACAUAUAAUCACACAAAAGCCAUUAUUUCAAAGUCAUUUAUAAGCUGCUAAAUAAUGCCAAAAGAUAGAAUUUAUAUAGUGUCAGUAUUCUACAUGACUCUACAUUUUGGUUCAGAGGAUCGAUUGGAUUAUAGUAUAAACCAACAUCUGUGUUUGGAUCAUUUCCUAUGGUGUACUGUAUAGUUACCUUUCUGAUUUUAUGGGAUGCUACGUCCAGGAUUUUCCUAUUUAUAUAUUUGUCAAAUUUGUUGUGCUGAUUCUUUUCAAUGUGAAAAUAUUCAAAGUAUCUUUGUUUCAAACAGUAGCUCUAAUUGACUCCUUCAAGUUGUCAGUGGAGCAGUUAGUUUUCAGAAAUAGGUUGAGUUUGGUUCAGAGACCACUUUUACAUGCACUUAAGUAGUCUGAUGAUUUCCAGCUUUUGUCACUGACCUGAUUCCUGACACACAAGUGAGAAAUGAAAAACCUAGUUUCAUGAAGAGAAACUUGGUUAUAGAUUUCUGUACGGAUUAGGUCUUUUUUUUUUUUUUUUUUUUUGGAUUGUGCAUGACAGAGAUCCAGGACAGGGAAGGCAUCAUCACUGUGGCAGUAAUGAAGGGACAUAUUGUCACUUGUACCCAUGCAUCAUUGCAUCUUGAAUAAUUAAAUCCAAAGUCCAGAUUAUGUUAAACAACCUUCAACAGGCAAACAGUAAAACAUGCUGUUCUAUGGUAGAGCCCGGCCUCUAACCCUCGAACUAAACUUCAUAUGUAAUAUUUUAGAUGCACAUAAAAUAUUGCAAACUUGGUUCGAUGCCCAAUUUCAUGCCUUAAACUUAUUUCUGACAGUUACCUGGUUUCUUAUGUGCAUGUAAACGUCGUGACACUUUGAGAAUUCAUUUCACCAGGCUGUGAUGUGACUUAGAUAGGGACAAGUUGUAGAAAUUUUCUAUUAGAGUUUAAAUGUUUGCACAAGGAAUUCUGCAACAGACUGAAUAUUUAUCUGAUGUUACAUUUGUCAGAUGAAAAUGAUAAAAAAAAAUCUGUCUGCAACAGUUAGGCCUGGGAGUGAGUUAAAUAUUAGACUUAUUUUGUGAUAUCUUGUGGAGUAUGAAGUUUCAAUAAUUGUAUAAAAAAAUGAAGUGAAUGCUAGAAAGUGUGUUGGAGAUGAAAUUUACUGUAUGUUUUUUCUUGGGUGGGUAGAGGGGGUGGGGGCUGAACUGUUCAAAUACAGACGUAUAAUACACGUACAUGCAACCAGUCUCCAAGGAUCAUGGAAGGGUUUGGCUGUGCCUUGCAGCACAUUCCUCUCAGGAUGCUUUCAGUUUUCUAGCUUUCAGUCUUUUCCUGCCAAACACCAGUGGUUAUAGGCAAGAGUCUACUCUGAUCUAGUAGUAUAUAUUUUGUGAAAAUCCUACAUGUAACAUGUAGUACCUUAAAAUUGAAGUUAGUUAUGUACAGUUGAAAUGAGCAGAUUGCAUUGCAAAACUUUGUACUUUUCAGUGUAUAUCCUCAUUAUGCACCUUGAGAUAUAGGAAACUGGGCCAAUAGGGUGGCUUUACAUGAUGCAGCUUUAGUCAGAAGUAGUAAUGUUGGUGUCCAUAGGAGUACAGAGUUCCCACGCAGCCUGUGCACCCAACAUGAACAUGUUGAACAUGCACAUGAGUGCUUUUACACAUGGGUGUUAAAGAACUGCUUAAAGAUCAUUUGAUUUGCUCUCAAUUUAUAACAAGCUGAUUACCUGGCGGCUGUUGAGCCAGUGAUCUUGAUUGGACCUUUACAUUUUAACCAUUAAUGGGGGCCCAAGGAUGCUAAUAUAGGAUGCUAAUCAUUAAGUUUGGCGUGGCUCCUAGGUCAUCAGGACAAAUCUAUCACUUAUUCAGUAGUCUUUACUAAGGGGGCAUACUGAACACGUUCAUGUGGUCCAUGAAACAUUCAGCCAACAGCUGCUGAAGCUGUAACAUGUAAAGGCAACCUUAAUAGUGAGAUUGUGUUUUGAGUGCAUUUAAAGGGAAAUGCCACUUAAUUUCAGGAUUCAGGUAUGGGACCCCCCCACAGGCCUGCUAUUGGAUUGCAUGACUGCGCAUUACCAUGUAUAAUAUCACAUGAGUUCCCCACCUAACGUUUAAUGUCAGAUCUGUGUUAAAGACUCCAUUGUGAGUCAAUCAACAAGAAUAAUAAGGGGACAGAUUAUUGUUUUGGUGUUUUAUUAUCUCAAUAAAUAAUUAAAAAACACAGGGAAGUGAUGUCCAGCUCAAACAUGUCCAGAAAGUUUGGCUCCCAUUUUUUUUCUAAAUGGAGCAGCAUCAGACUAUGUUUUGUUGGCAUCACAGACCUGUAAAUUUAUUCUUUGAUUUGAGAAAGUGCUCGUGAUUACAAAGAAAAAAACAUUGUCUAAGAGGUUUUAAACUGAGUGGUAUUACUCUUUAACAGGGCUAAUUAUGUGAGCCUGACUUUUGUCUCAUUGGUGGUGCUUCAAAAAUAUAUAUAUUUCUUUAUAAUGUUUAGGUACAGCCGUGGUAUAUGAACAGACAUAAAGAAAAAAAAACAUUUGAAUGUGUUUUGCCCAAAUGAAUUUUGGGCUUUGCUGACUUUGUUUUUUCAUGAAAAAAGACAAGGCCACUUGAGGCCGGCUGUCUGUUCAUGAGAAGGUGAAACAAACUGCCUAAAUGUUUCUUCAUGUGAAACAAUCAGAUUGCAAGGCUGCUGUCAAGGUUGUUUCUGGCAUUUGGCUAAAAGUUUGCGUGCCAUCCUUUCUCCUUGAGAUAGUUGAAUUGUCAUAGAUUCCAAAUAAAAAGAAGAAAAAAAGUUCUCAUUGCAAAAAGAAUAAAGUAUGCUGUCACUGUCACAACUAAAAACAUCAGCUUUGUUGCUGAUUGACAGACCAAAUUAAGUAAUAUAGUUCACUAGUAAUAGUGAGAUCCUUCUUUAACCUGAACGCUGGGAUCGUCAAUUGCCCUGAUGAACUCAGAGUACAUUUACUGAGGUGUUUUAAGGAAUGAAUAACUGUGAUAUUGGUCACAACACAAAUUCAACAGAAUGCAGUGUUUUUUGAUCACUGUGGGAAUUAUUAUUUUUACUAUCAACUGGCAAAUUAGUGGUUAUAUCGAGUGAUAGAUGAUACGAUAUGAUACAUGAGAUUCCUGGGCUGUGAUUUAGAGUACAUCUAAAUAACGUCGGAUCAAUUUAAACUUAGAUCUUGUUAUAUUGCCUUGAUCUUGUUACGUUGUCCUUAUAACCCAGUUCGACUUUGGUUUCAUAAAGAUGUUCACACAUUUAGUUUUAACUGCUCAUUUUGCUCCCAAACUAUUUCUGGCCCAGUGCCACACAGCUUGCACUUCUCUGUCAUUAGAUAAAAUGCACUCGUGGACAAUGUGGGCUUAACGAGUAUUAACAGCAAAUUCACAGUCCAAGCCCUGUGGCUGUGAAAAUGUGUUCCCAUAAUGCUGAAAUAGCACUGAUGGUAUCUGAUUUAAUCCACAAAGACUGUUUUCAAAAAUGAAAAAAAAAAUGGACAUUUGGACAUUUUCCCCACACGAAUAGAAGAGAAGCGAAAUUUGGGUCAUGCUCAUUUCAUAUAUUCAAAUUUUGCCUUUGUUCCUAAGACUGCCUCCAGAAAGGCACUCUGUUUUCACUGGGGCAUAGACUGCUUCCAAGCUAAAAGUAAAACACUCGCUAUCACAGGAAAAGACUCUCAAUGUACUAAUCCAGUAUUUUACUGCUUUGCCAAAAGGUGACACUAAAGGCCAGAAUGGUGGUUCAUAGUUCCCCACCCUCCCUUUGCAUAAAGUGCCGCAAACAACUAAGCCAUAAAUGUCUAGAAUUGACUUUUGCUUGUUGAUACAAAUUGUAUCUAUACCUUGAAUGUAACAAAAUAUGAAAUGUAUAAUAUGAAAAUAGUUUUAUUUAAAUAAAGGGGAAAACAAUCAAUGCCAUAAUGUUUGUGACACUGUGUGUCACUGGGAGUAGCCCAUUGGUAUGUACUAACUCUUACUGGGUACAGUAGUAAAUUAACAGGGACAUUUACGUGCUACCUACAAGUGCACAGAUACCCUGUGUACAGCAGUAAGCAUCAUGUCCUCUCUGUACAUAGUCACACGUGUGUGUGUAUAUAUAGAAAGCAAUCUGUAAAUGUAACAGUUACUUCAGUUGUUCAUAUACUUAGGUAAUUUCUGUGUUGUAACCUGUGCACCUUGGUUACGUGCAUCUAUUUCCUCUGAGCUGACAUGUCUGCUUUAUGCUAUUUUAAUGGGAAUUUCAAUAUUUUUGAAUAUAUUUUGCCUAAAUAAAACAUGCCAAAGUUAUUCUUAGGUGGCUUUGUCAAAUGUAAUUUCUUAUGUUUCAACACAUGGGUUUGUCAUGCAAUGAAUUUUGAGGACAAAGGAUUUCUUUCCCAUGCACUGUAAACAAAGAGUAACUUAACACCAAACGCAAAUCUGUAUCCUUUCUUGAUGGUUAAAAACGGUUAAAAGAAUAAUAUAGAAAUUGCAGUCUGUCAUUGGCUGAUCUUUGGGUGCCAAAUGAUGUCACCACACGCCCUCCACAUGACCAACAUGAAGCAGAUGACUGUAUCAGUAGCACCCUGAUGCUGAAUGGUAAAUUCAGCGUCAGUUUUUUAUCCAGAUUUGUGUUUGAUGUUUAAGGCUCUUUCAAAAUACAGAUCCUUUUAAAACUGGAAUUUAUUGAAGUGUUUGGCAGUUGAUUUAAUGACUAACCCUGUAUGAUGACAAAGCAGAGAUGUGUUGAAUUGUGAUUUCUUUUACUAUUGAAUUAUUCGCCAAUUGUAAUGUAAGAAUUUUUGGUAUCUGAGGCCAGUUUGCAUUAGACUAGCGCUAUUUUGAAGAUGUGAAGACUGAUAUUAUCAACAUGAUGCUAACUUAAGGUCAGAAUUGGUUGUUAAUAGCUAAGAUCAAGACCAAAGUGAUUUUUGAUGUGCACACAUUACGUACUUGCUAUGAUAAUUGGUUCAAACACACAUACACGAACAGUUAUGGUCAGAUAAUUGUGAGAGAGCCAUUUGACCUCUUGCAGUUUGUACUACCAUAUAAUUUAACAACUGAUUUCUUGGUGUACAAAGUGCUACGACAAGAGGCACACACAUUUUAACAGUGACUGUACAUAUAUACAGUGUAAUACUCAGGUUAAACUACACAAACAUUUUAAAUCACAUACUUGGUUGUUUUGUAAUAUUGAGAAAUGCAGUGGUUCACCUUUCUGAAGUGGUGUAGGUCUCCUGUUUGAGUAGACCAUUGUGUCUGUAAUGUAAAAAAAAAAAAAGGGAAUUAUAAAGCAAGUUUUUUUGUGUUGUGAUGAUCUGCAGUAUUGUAAUCCACACUGACCGGAAAGCAUUGCUUUUAUAGUAUAAAAUAUACAAAAAUAGACUAUUUGGGUCUGUGGGCUCAAACAAAAUGUAAGUCUUAAUGACAAAGUGUGUUUCUCUCCAUAAAUAAAAUAAAAUACUGUUCAAACUGUC